AUGGCUGAUCUCAGCUGUGAACGUUCUACUGAAGGUCUGUCUGCUGGUUAUCCUGGGAACAAGACUGAAGAUCUGGUCCCUGGCCACUCUAGGAACGAGACAUACAGCAGGGAGGACCAGACAAGUAUUACCGGACGCAAGUCCAGUUUGGACCGACAUCUAAUGAAACACACUGGCGACAAACCCUACAUGUGUGGGGAGUGUGAGUACAGGACAAAAUCAACUUUGGACUACCAUCUAUUGAAACACACCGGAGCUCGAGAGAAACCCUACAUGUGUGGGGAGUGUGGGUACAGGGCAGCAAAAAAGUGUACCCUAUCUCAACAUAUGAGAACUCAUACUGCGCACAAAUCCUCUUUGGACCAUCAUCUUACAAAACACAUCGGAGACAAACCCUACAUGUGUGGGGAGUGUGGGUACAGAACAACACACAAGUGUGACCAGUGCGACUAUACUUCAGCACAGAAAGCCCCUUUGGAUGACCCUAAUAUAUGA